GGAGGAGGAGGCGGGGGCUGCGGCCGGGGGAGGAGGAGCCGCGGUGCUCACGGCCCCGGGUCCCGCAGCUGGGCUCCCGCCUCACAUGGGACCCCCUCGCCUGCCGCAGCGGCGGGGCAGAGCUUCGCCGGGCUGCUGAGGGGCCGGGGGUUGGCCGCGGCUGGGGCAUGCGGCCAUGAGAGCCCGCGCCGCCCGCAGGCCCUGCUGGCGCCGCCGCUCAGGAUCCCACAAGAGUAGAGAAGACAGCAAAUUACCUAAGAUGUGAGAAGUCCUCCCUUAGCAAGAUAAAACUUUGUUUUCAAAAUGGACCGAAGUAAGCGGAAUUCAAUAGCAGGAUUUCCACCACGCUUGGAGCGUGCUGAAGACUUUGAUGGUGGCACUGGAGGAGAAGGGACUGCUUCCCAGAUAGGAAGAGUCUGUACCUCUUCAUACAGAGCCCUGAUAAGUGCCUUUUCCAGACUUACUCGUCUUGAUGACUUCACAUGUGAGAAAAUUGGCUCUGGUUUCUUCUCUGAGGUGUUCAAGGUAAGGCACAGAACUUCAGACCAGGUAAUGGCUUUGAAGAUGAACACACUGAACAGCAACAGAGCAAAUAUGCUGAAAGAGGUUCAACUCAUGAAUAGACUCUCACAUCCAAACAUCUUAAGGUUUAUGGGUGUCUGUGUGCAUCAAGGACAGCUGCACGCACUUACUGAGUACAUCAACUGUGGUAACCUGGAACAGCUAUUAGACAGUAACCAACAUCUGCCCUGGACAGUGAGGGUGAAACUGGCAUAUGACAUUGCUAUGGGAAUCAGUUAUCUUCACUAUAAAGGCAUUUUCCACCGAGACCUUACAUCCAAGAACUGCUUAAUAAAACAUGAUGAGAACGGAUACUCAGCAAUAGUGGGAGACUUCGGUUUAGCAGAGAAAAUUCCUGAUCACAGUGAGAAGUUACCAGUGGUGGGUUCACCCUUCUGGAUGGCACCAGAAGUUCUCAGAGAUGAACCUUACAAUGAAAAGGCGGAUGUGUUCUCCUACGGUAUAAUUCUGUGUGAGAUUAUAGCAAGAAUACAGGCAGAUCCAGACUAUCUCCCUCGCACAGAGAAUUUUGGAUUAGAUUAUGAUGCCUUCCAGCACAUGGUGGGAGACUGUCCCCCUGACUUCCUCCAGCUGGCCUUCAACUGCUGUAAUAUGGAUCCAAAGUUGCGUCCUUCAUUUGCUGAUAUUGUCAAAACACUGGAGGAGAUUUUAAACCGUCUGAGAAACGAGGACUCGGAGAGGGAGAGAAAGUUUUUGAACCUUGACAACAGUGAAAGAAAACCCAAAGGGGCAAUUGAAAAAGGACCAGGAGUAAAACGUUUGAGUUCCCUGGAUGAUAAGAUCCCACCCAAGUCACCUCGUCCACGUCGGAAUAUCUGGUUGUCACGCAGCCAGUCAGAUAUCUUCUCCCGCAAGCCUUCCAGGAAGAUAAAUGUGCAGGACCCCUACUAUACGCCAAACAAAGGGUUAGGCCGGAAAGUUAAUCCCUUCAGUGCCCGGGAGGACCUCAAGGGGGGGAAGAUCAAAUUCUUUGACAUGCCAAGCAAGUCUGUGAUUUCCCUGGUGUUUGACUUACAUUCUCCAGAGGCAGGUGGAGGCCUGAAAGCCAGCCAGUCCCAGUUCCGGCAGGCGUAUAGCACAGACUGGCAAGAAUUUUCCCAUCUUCCUGGGAGGAGAUGCAGGUCACUUCCACUCUCUCCUGAAUUGCUGCACAAGGAAUAUGGCCUGUUUGGGGGACUGUCUUCAACUGUCAGCAGGUGUGACCCAAUCCAGCUGGGUGCAGAGGUUCGGCAAAAACUCCUGAGUAGCAGUAAAUAUGGUGUGUCAGAGAUUCCCCCCUUUCAAGCCAAACCUCACAGGUCAGAAUUUCUUCCUUUGCCAGGACAAGAGGAGGAUAUGGACUGUUCAGAUGGGCCAGUGGCCCAGGAGGAAAAUGGGUUUUGCCCUGUUGAGAACACAUGUGGAGAUCCAGCACGUAAUCAACCAUUAGCGCUGGCCCAGCCUGAGCCGCUGUCUUACAAAGAACUCCCAGUUGAGAAUUCAGUGAACUCUGCGGGACAUGGCUCCUCACAAGUGUUUGCAGGUUGUCUCCCUUCUGAAGAGAUGGAGGUGGAAGACAACCUACUGAAAAGUACUCCUCUAGAGUCUACAAAGCCUCUGUUCAGUGUUAGUCCUUCCACUGAGCUGAAGAGAGAGGCAUGGCCCUUCAGGGAGCAGGAUGGGGACAGUCCUGCCCCGUUGUCUCAGACCUCCUCCAACAUCUCGGCAAGUGGCAGCACACAGUCAACUUGUGACAUAUGAAGAGAGGCCUCAAACUGAGCGUGUCCUUGAGGGAACUCUUGUUCCCAGUUGCUUAAACUGUUUUUCUAUAGUGCUGGGCUUGCCGUUUGAAAGAGACUCAGCAGACGGUAGGAACCAGCUGUCAAGCAGAUAGCUGCAGACAGUGUCUGGAGAGACUGAUUAUUUUAACUUUAUUUCAAACUGUGCUUAUUCCCUUCCCUGAUUUGCAUUAGGUGGGGGAACUGCUCCAGCCAGAAUGGCCACGUGGGCCCCACAGUCCUUCUAAGAGGCAGCAGCCAGAGCAGGUGCUGCUUAAAGUUUUACCUGAAUUCCAGCAUGGAGCAUUUCAAGGCCUUAAGCUUCUUGUUGGGUAGAAAGAGUGACCUGUAGGUUUUCCUCUGACUGACCAGCUGCUCUAAACCACCGCGGAUUUUGUGUUAACAUUAUGCAGCAACACACGUGAGUCGGAGCCUCUGUUUUAGACACAGGCACAGAGAUAAUUCAGAGCUAUGCUGAGCACAUAGGAAUGUUCUGUGGUCCCAGAGCUGCUGUGAAUGCUCUUGCAACAUUAAAGCUCUUCUUUCAAAAGCAGCAAAACCAAAACCCCUCAUGCUGGUUGCAAUCUGCAGGCUGAGUCACAUGAUAAGUACUUUGCAAUUAAUGAGAAUUUGUUCCCUGGUGUUCUAUUUUCCCUUGGCAUUUGGAAAUGAUGUGUUAACACAUUAGUGUAGGAAAGCAGGAUGCAGUAAGCACCGCUCUCCUCCUUGCACAGCUCUUCAUGUACCUCAACCUGAAUGUGGAGGAAGAUUUGCCCUGGGCUCAAGAGGAGAGCGAUAUUCUAGGCAUUGACAGUUCUGAACUUCUGGAGAAACUGCCAGUGAAAGUACCCGUUGUACUGAGCUUUUGGGGGGCGAGGGCUGUUCCCUCUUAGGAGCUGAAUGAACAUUGUGAUCUGUUUCUGCAGAAUAGUUAGUUAAAUACAGUAUCUACAUCACAGGUGACUAUUACACUAAGCUAAAAGGGUCACGUUCAUCUCCCUCCCUGGUACGACAUCCCACGUCACUGAUAUCACUGCAGUAAUGAUGGCUCUUUAUUUAAAAUCGGACUGCUUGGUAGAGGACAGGAAUCCCCUGCUCAGGAAGUUGCCAAGCAGUGUCGCAGCCACACAAGUGCUCUUGGAGAGGAUAGACGGCAGACUCACAGAAGGGCUUUGAAUUUUCAAACUGAAGAAGAUUAGUUUGUCCCAAAUUAACUUUUUUUUUUUCUUCUACAGAAAGAAGCUGUUACCUUCAUUGGUGUCUGCUGUCACUGAAUAGGAUUAUCUUCCCCCCCCCUCCACCAGCAGGUACAUGUGAAAGCAGCAGUACAUAAGCUUUAAUGCUGCUUGCUGGAACCAGCAUCAGAGAUCCCUGUUCUGGGACGUGAUGUACAGGAAAGCUUGUUCUGUGAUUAUGUUUGUGCAACAUCCUCCCCUUUUCCAGUAUCAUAGGCCCACCAACAUGGGAUGUGUAAUUUUUUUUUGGUUUUUUUUUAACCUGUAUUAUCAUUCCUAAGUGAGGUAUGCAUUGCAUGCCUGCUGAACAGAUGGUAAUGCAGUGGAAUCACCCAGGUAGCCUGUUACCCUUUCUUUCUGCUCUCUUAUAAGGGUGGAAAAUGUAAGCUAGUCUCUGAUGGAAGCAAAACUAUUUCUAUUCUUUUCCCAUCUCAAAGAAAGGAUGAAGAAGAAAGCCUUAGUUCCUUCUUGGCCGAGAUGUUUAUCCUUUCCAGAGAUGUAGGUAACUAUUUCAUGAGUGAUAAUGACGAUGACUUCCUCUUAAGUAUGUGUUACCCUGAGUAGCAGUUACCCUUUGCAGUGGCUGCAUAGAAUUAAGUAAGAAACCCGGUGUCACUGAGUUUCUUAGCACAGUCCGUACCAGAUCAGGCAGCUGUUAGGAGUCUGAAAGAGAAAAUACCUAUACUUACCAAGCUCACCCCUGUUGGCCCACACACUUCUCUGCCUCGUGAAGGUGUUGCUGAUCUGUAGAGUGUCUUGUGUAUCCUGUCUGCAGCGUGCGGAGCAGCCUGUAUGGCUGGCGCUGCGUGUGUGCGAUUUCCGUUGAGGACAGGGCAAGCAGAACUCAGCUGCCAGCUCGUUGCCUGCCUGGUGCCGGCCCCCCCACCCUCCUCCCCCCGCAGUCUUUUAUACAAUUGUAAUCUUUUGGGAGGGAAACCAUCAGCACCAGCUUCUGUUGUCACGAGAUGCAUUUAGGUGUGUGACUUCAGAAAAACAAGCAAUAAUAAGAAAUAGUUUACUUCUGGAUCACCAGGCAGCAAGGAGACUGUCCAGCACCCUACAGCUACCUGCAGCCCCCUCGGAGAGCACACGCACACCCCUCUGGCUGCUCUGUGGCUCCCACUCGUCCUGGUUGUCGGCACCGACACCGCAUGGUGCAGCCUGAUGCCCUCUCUGACUCUGACUGCAAAGCCUGUGCAGUCAGGCUUGGGGUACCUCUGUGGUACCCAUCACAGUGACCUCAUCUGUUUUCUUACACCACAGUCUCUUAAAAUGUUCCCCUGUCCUGAACAGCUCUCUUACAAAGCAGCAUGGCUAAAAUUUCAUUUUCUUAAAUGUUCACUCUCAGCACAGCCAGCUGACGUGCAUAGGGCACAUGUAUCAACUUUUCUAGCUCUUUGUAUUGAGGUGGAGAUAUCAGAAAUGCCAAGGAAUAGCAAUUCAGGCCUUUCCCGGAUUCUGGGUCUGCAUGGGAAAAGAGGCAUGGGUAUGAAACUGGAGUAAAAGGCCACUUAAAAAUAGCGAAGUGAUUGCUAAACCCCAGUGUUUCCGAGGGUCUGGAUGCAGUUGGCACUCAGUACAUCUCAUCCCUUUGGUUAUGUAAAGCUGAAUCUAGGUUGCACCUAGUAACUACUGCUAGGUUUUCUGCCUACCUGAGGGUGCUCCUCUACAGAGGGACAUUUUCUGACAGCUGCUGGUGGACAUGAAUAUGAACAUGUGGUCAGCAAGCUCCUUGUUUUAUGGUGAUGUGACAAAGUUUUAUUGUGAUUGGAUUUUAUCAUGAUUUUUGACUUGCUUAUGGGAGCGGUUCUUGCUCUUUUAAAACUUUCUAUACAUUGCUAGGUUUCCUGAAGAGAGAAAAGAUAUUUUUAAUUCACUUUAAAUCUCUCUAUGUUGAAUUCAUUUAAAGGUCUGUUAUAAGCUAUUUUUCUUGUGGUUGCAGAUUGAUAAAAUGCAACUAAGAGAAUGCAUGUAAACUGCUGCCCCUCAAAAGCAGUGCGGACAAGGGGCUAUAGUAAACUUAUACUUGUUGGAGAGGCAUUGAUGUAUUAUGUGUGACAGAAUAUUGGUAUUUUUUUGCCAGUACAACUAAAGACACUUGAAUAAUUCCUGUUUGCACUUAAUGCUAUUGUUUAUAUUGCAUGUCACUACAUUUCUAUGCAAAACAAAUAACCUUUUUUUGGGAGGAGGGGCAGCCAGAUAUUUGAUUAAGUAUAAAGAUCUUUGCGAGAUGAUCUAUUUUCGUAUUUAUGAAGGAGUUUUACGUCUUAAUAUUUUGCAGUCUGUAAAUAGCUCAACUUGUAAUUAAAGGCUUAGGAAGAAGUUUGUAGCUUGUGUAUAAUAGUAAGUUAACACUGCCAGAAAAAAAAUCUUUGCAAAACAACUUUUCUAAUAUUGCGGAUAUUUAUGAAUAUGUAAAGAAAGCACGUCUUGUUUUUAUGUUGAUUGACCUUCUGACUUUUUUUUGAACUAUAGAAAUGGUGUAUGUUUUAUUGGAACUGCAAUAAGAAGUAACCAAAGAUGAAUCCAGUUAAAUAUUUUCAUAAUUUUUUUCUUGGUCAGGUUUUGUAAACUUUCCCAACUUGCUUUCAAAAUAAAAAUGAAAUCAAGG